GUUUGCAUAGCGAUAAGCGUAAUGGUCCAUUAAAUUCGAACUUAUACUGCAUGCACACAUUUGCAAAAUUUUUGUUGCAGCAGUCUUGGAAGUUUAAAGCACCGCUGCUUUAGCCUGAUUUUAUUUAACUCCGAAGUUUGAUUAUAACUGUCCCGCUAACAAUAACCAGCUUUUGUUUCAAUCUUGUGUAUAUCUAAUAACAUCACUCCGAAGUUUUGAUGUUCUCUUUUCCUCUUGGUUACUAUUUUACGGAAGUCCUAAUUUGUAAUCAGUAGCCCGCAUCUAGUGAAGACCAUGUUGCAUUCGCGUUCGGCCAGUCAUUUAAAAGACCACGCUUCGUCGUUGUUUCCCUCGGCAUCCGAAGAACAGCUGGAUGGAUUUCUCCACAUCAAGUACGAAAUGCUCGACACAUCCCCGAUUAGCCACUUUAUUCUGCGCCCAUACUGGCGCGUUGUCUCAUCCCGAAUGCCCAACUUUCCACCGGGUAUCCUGAUCUUUUCCGGGUUAAGUAUCAUUAUACUGAACGUGGUUAUACUGACAUUCUGCGACCCUGCGUUUGACAGUCAUACUGUUCCGGUUGGAAUAUGGUUGCUGUGUGGAGUUUUUCACUGGGUGUCACUGACCUGCGCCGGUGUGGAUGCUGCUGGACGACUGACCCGCCGCGAGGAUCUGUCGCAGUCGGCGUAUUUGUCGAUGGAGUACAUUGAUCAGGCUAUGGAUAGCGUCAGUAUUCCUAUCAAGAUUAUCUGUCUUUUCCAUCUGACGGGGGUGAAUGCUAAUAAAACGGGACUGUUUUCCCACCACACGGCAUUUUUAUUUUUCUUGUGCAUUUUGGGGUUGAGUUUGUGUCGCCAGUGGCGGAACUACAAUACAGGGAUAUUUCGCUCCUCCGCUUUGUUUGAUGGUCUGGACGUGGGUUUGUGUGUGGGAUUCUUCCUAAAAGCUUUGACAGCGAUCUAUAGCGGAUAUGCGCCCGGUGAUCUGCCUGAAUGGAUGCAUACGAUUUUAGCCACCAUGAUUCUGGGAUUGAUGGUUUACAUUAUCCGGACCACUUUCCGCCUGGCAGGGGACAUCUCGCUGUCGGAUAUCGUCACGAACCGCACACCAGUGAUUCCCUUCAUUGUCAUAUCAGCUGUACAGUAUUUUUGGUUGUCUCCUGAUUAUCCCGCUGUGUUUCCCUAUAUCUGCUGGUCAACCACGGUUGUCUACAGUCACAUCGUGUCGCGUUGGAUUUUGAACCAGAUGAGUGACAAACCGGAAACACAAUGGAAUGUAAUGGGUGUGCUAGUGCUGCUGACCGGUAUCCUCCACAUGUGUGGCUAUAUUCCUCCAGACCUGCGUGUGCGAUGCGCUGCUGCCGUAUGCAUCGUUUGUACGGUGUGGCAGACUAUUUAUGGGAUCUGCAUUCUUAACGCUCUGCUAUACCGGGUAUUAUUGGCGAUAUUCGAGGCUUUUUUUCGUCAUGCUGCUACAUGGAUGGUCUCGCUUUUUGGUAAAACUACUAAGUCAGCAAAGUAAACGUGUUUGCUUGAGGUAAAAUUUUAUUUGUCUCUGGCAAAGCAUGGGUUUGCUUUGCAGAGAUAGAAUGAUACGUUUUUUGUGUGCUUGCGUUUAGUAAGUUGCACCGGUUGUGAUAAUACGUUCAGUUUUUUGGCUGAUCUCAGACUGUUUUAUAUUAUGCAUUUUGCAAAUUUUUAUGAAUGCUUGUACUAUGUCCAGUUCUGAUGUUUAAAAACGAAUUAAAGCGUGAAGUGAU